AUGGGAAUGAGGAUUAUCAUGAGAGACAGUGACGGGGGCCUACAAGCUUGCUUAACAACACCAAGGGAGCAGAUUUUCUCAAUCUUUCAAGUAGAAAUAGCAAUUUUUCACAGAGCCUUGGAGUUAUGUGUAGAGUUAGGAAUGAAUCAAGUGAUUUUCGAGGGGGAUGCCAAAGUGGUUAUAGAUGCUAUUAACUCCAAAUGUGAAGACAAUUCUUGGCUAAGCCAGGAGACAGAAGACAUACAACAAUUAAUAGAACUUCACCCGACUUGGAGGCUAUCCUUUGUCUAUAGAUCUACAAACAAUGUAGCCCACACAGUAGCUAAAGUAGCCAUCAAAGAAGUCGAAGAAACAGUUUGGCUAGAAGAUGGACCCGAGGUGGUCAUAACUUCUGUUACUAAUGAUGUAUCUUGUAUACCUCGAAGUUAA